UUUGAAUUUCGCAAUUUUUUUCCACCGUCACUCUAAUUUCUUUUAUUUUUCUUCAUCCAAACAAGAAAAUUAGUACAAUUUCCUCAGUUUAAUUUUCCUCGCGGAAAUCGAUUCCAGAAAAAGAAAAAAAUAAAAAAGAAAAUUCGAAACCCGUGAACUCAUUGCUCUCAUCACACCGUUGCAAAUGCGAAGCAAAACGACACGCGCACAUUUUUUUUUCUCUCUUUCUCUAGCUGAUGAGUGAUGGAGCAGUUAUAGUAGUUGUUGAAGUGAGGAAGCAGUGUGAAGUUUUCAGAUCUGAUUUUUGAUUCAAUCAUAGGGGAAAAUGAUGAGCUGGAUGGAACUCAGAAGAAGAUAAUGAAGUUCUAUGUAUCUACCACCGGGAUAAAGAGAGUCACCUUAUCGUCAAAGGCCGCCGCAGCAGCUAACGCCGCCGCCGGAGGAAAAGGAUCGUCGAAGUCUACUGCCGCGGAUGCCGCUGUUAGUCGCCGGAGUUUUUCAUCCCGGACUGUGCUGCCGGCGGUGGUUCUGUUCGGGAUCGUGUCGCUCUUCGUCUUCGUGAGGAUCGCGGUUUUGGUGCUCGAAUCUUCCGCUGUUUGCUCCUCUCUCGGUUGCGUGGGAUGGAGGUUCUUCAGCGGGGGUGACCCAUCCCUGAAACUCAGAGAUGAGCUGACCAGAGCGUUAAUAGAGGUAAAUGAUGACAACGUUAAUGAAGGAGAAGUGGUGUCAUUCAACGAGCUUGUGAAAAUGAUGGCGUCUGAGCAAGACUUUAAGGCGUUUGCUAUCAAGACCAAAGCCAUGCUGUUACAGAUGGAGCGCAAGGUGCAAUCAGCAAGAAAGCAAGAAUCAGUUUAUUGGCAUUUAGCUUCACAUGGUGUACCAAAAAGCCUACAUUGCCUUUGUCUGAAAUUGGCUGAAGAAUAUGCCGUAAAUGCCAUGGCCAGAACACGCUUACCUCCUCCUGAAUAUGUGUCUCGCCUUUCUGACCCUACCUUCUUCCACAUAGUUCUCCUAACUGACAACGUCCUUGCUGCAUCUGUUGUUGUAACCUCUACUAUUGAAAGUUCAGCCAGCCCUGAAAAAUUGGUUUUUCAUAUUGUUACAGACAAGAAAACUUACACUCCAAUGCAUGCCUGGUUUUCCAUAAACCCUGUGAAAUCAGCAGUUGUUGAAGUCAAGGGAUUACACCAGUACGAUUGGUCUGAAGAAGUGAAUGCUCGUGUCAAAGAGAUGGUGGAAACUACUCAAUCAAUUUGGAAACACUACUACAAGAAUUAUGCAGAAGAGGAUGAACUACUCGACUAUAAUCAAGAGUAUAAGAGAUAUUUGGAAGCUUUAAGACCCAGCAGCCUUUCCUUGUUGAAUCAUCUUCGAAUCUACAUCCCUGAGCUGUUUCCAGAUUUGAACAAGGUGGUGUUGCUGGAUGAUGAUGUUGUAGUACAGCAUGACAUAUCUUCGUUGUGGGAAAUUAACCUUAAUGGUAAAGUCAGUGGUUCAGUAUUUAAGUCAUGGUGUUAUAAUGAGGAAAGCUGUUGCCCUGGAAAUAAAUACGUGGACUUCUUGAACUUUUCACAUCCUAUCAUAUCAGUCAACUUUAACCCUGACAAGUGUGCAUGGCUCUAUGGCAUGAAUAUCUUUGAUGUUGAAGCUUGGAGGAGAACAAAUAUUACUGAAACCUACCAUCGAUGGUUGAAACUAAAUGUGAAGCAUGGGCUAUCAUUGUGGAACCCAGGAGUGCUUCCACCUGCAUUGAUUGCUUUUGAUGGUCAAGUGCAUCCGGUGGAUUCAUCAUGGAUUGUUACCGAUUUAGGUUAUCGCCAUCAAUCAGAACAAAUUAGAAAUAUCAGACAUAGAAUGGAAGAUGCUGCUGUUGUUCAUUUCAAUGGCCCUGCAAAACCAUGGCUUGAAAUUGGUUCACCUGAAGUUCGUGGUCUAUGGAAUACAUAUGUUGAUUUCUCAGAUAAGUUUAUUAGGAGCUGCAGGAUUACAGCGUGAAACAUUUUCCACCAUCCACCUCCCCAGCAUUAUUGAUGUGAUUGAAGCAAUUAUGAUGAAACCGUAUGGGAUCGGAGGGAAGAAGGUUUUGCCUUCAGUCUCUGACUCAUGCUAACAGAUGAUAUAUAUAGGUGAUGAAGAACUACUACCACACAAUAUAUACCUUAUUAGAAAGAAGCAAUAGCUGCAUCAGUUUAAGAAUCGAUCAUAUAUAAAACAUUUAUAAUCUAGUUGUCUAACAAUGCUGUAAAAAUUACUUGCUUUUUCUAUAUGGAUCGGAGUAAUUGUUUCACUUGUAUAGCAUUAUAAUCAAUAAUCCAAUAGGACGUGUGACGUUAAAAUACUUGAUAAGUAUUUGUUCUAAUAUAAAAAGAGUUCUGUUUAUUGCAAAACUA